UGGACCCGCUCAGUGUGAGUCCUGUCGACGAUCCUCGCUCAUUUUUCCAAUAUCUCGCCGCGGAAGGUGUACGGAUCCGCCGUCAUGCUACCACGUCGCGUCCUCCUCGUCCUGGUUCACCUCGUGGCGGGCUGUCUGUCUCUGCCAGCGAGCUACGAUCAACGACAAACAGGCAACGUGAACGUCCAGGUCGAACUGAAGGACGUGCAAGUCCUGGCGGUGCUGAACACGGAGUUGCUCGACGAUUACACGGAAUACGACUACUUCUACGACUACGCCGAUUUCACGCUGAAACCCAUCGUCAAACCCACUAGUACCUCCUCAACGACUGAGUCUACUACUCCAGUGUCCUCUUCGACAACCCAACAGGCUAAUGUCUCAGGGACACCAUCCGAUUCCGUUCAGAACUCUACUCCAAGCGAAUCCUCGAAUGUUUCCGCGGUUGAGGACUCGAGUCUGGAAACCGACGAACCUCAAAACGAUAAUUCUACCUCGACGGUGGAUUUAUCGGAUGAGAACUCGACUCCAGUUGCCGAAACUAGCGGAAAUUCGACCUUGGAUGACACUCCGGCGCCUUUGUCGUUGGAGAAACCAGACGAUUCGAUUAACGGGACCCUAAAGACCAGGGUCAACGACAAGACUGGGAACACGUUCGAGAGCGACGAAGAUCCGACGCCAGAGAACGCUGGAGUGGUCGUGGAUCAUCUCAUGAAGAGACUGGCCAGGAGACGGUGUCGAUCUGGAUACUCGCCCGAUGGGAAGGGUCGUUGUCGUCGACUGGGACAACAACGAUUGUCAUUCAUACCUCUGGCGAUGCAGCUGGCGCCAAAACUUCUGAACGACUUGACGCGCAGCGCGAAGAAUCUGGAACAGGAGGAAGUUCACUGGAUGCGCUUGAACUGAAACGUGCCAUGAAUUAUUUACGCGAACGCCUGCACGGAAUCGUAUACGCAAUUGUAUUAGGUUGUCCCAAAAGUUUCUUCCAUUUCAUUAAUAUAAGUAAUACAUAUACAAUAUUUGAUCUCUGAUAUUACAUUAUUGAAUCGAGUACUAUUCAUGUUGCUCCAUUACUGUUACAACAUCUAA